CUCGACUCCACGUCAACCUCCCCAACAACCCACUGACGCGACGAUACGAUACGAUACGAUACGAUACGAAUUAGCGACAGCCGAACACUUGGCUUCAUAUAACGAUCCCUUGCUCAAAUCGUCCUCGGCUUCCUCUCGAUAAGACGGUCGCUGGUUGACGUCGAUUGUCCAACCUCGCAUCUACCUAUUCACUUUUAACAAGCCAUCAUGUCGUCUCCCUUCUCGAUAAGUUCGUCUGGACCGCUCGUCGUCAUACCAAUGAUCAUAUAAAGCUAACCUCCCCUCCCUCACAGACGGCGGUGCCUGUGUCGCCAUGGUCGGCAAGGACUGUGUCGCCAUCGCAUGCGAUCUUCGUCUUGGUCUCCAGGCCCUUACUGUUUCCAACGACUUCCCCAAGAUCUUCCAGUACGGCGAUGUCUUCCUUGGUCUGACUGGCCUGGCCACCGAUGUGAACACCGUGAGCGACCUCUUCCGCUACAAGGUCAACAUGUACCGCCUGCGUGAGGAGCGCGAUAUCGCACCUCGUACCUUCGCCAACCUCGUCUCUUCGUCCCUUUACGAGCGCCGUUUCGGUCCUUACUUUGUGUCUCCUGUUGUCGCUGGCCUAGAUCCCAAGACCGGCAAGCCUUUCAUCUGCGGCUUCGACAGUAUUGGCUGCAUCGAUUUUGCCAAGGACUUUAUUGUCUCUGGUACCGCUUCAGAGCAGCUCUUUGGCAUGUGUGAGGGUCUCUGGGAACCCGAUCUGGAGCCCGAUGCCCUUUUCGAGACCAUCUCCCAGUCUUUGCUCAACGCCGUUGACCGUGAUGCUCUUUCCGGCUGGGGUGCCCACGUUUACAUUAUCGAGAAGGACAAGGUUACCAAGCGAUUACUAAAGGGACGACAGGAUUAGAGCGUCGGCGUUAUGACAACUACAAGAAUAGAGCGGGACAAGGAGUGGUUUAUGUAUUCUGUAUGAAUAGAUACUCAGCCGAAAUUAACCGCUGGGUAAUGAGAAUGCACUUCCUCGUCUUGCUUCU